ACACCGGUCGCAAAGGCAGAAUCAGUUGUGCUCAGCAUGAUAAGGGUUGAAAUGUUUAAAUACUCGAAUGGUGUGCUAAAUACACAUACACACGGCAAGUUUGCGUUGUUGUCCAUAUGAUUCUUAAACGCAUAAAAGUGUUGUUCUUUUCGUUUUUUUGUUUUUUUCUUUCUUGCUUUUUUUUUUGGUAUAUACAGACCAUUUGUGUUUAUAAUAAAGUGAAAGAUCUUAAAAAAUCUUCUAGGGGUUUAUUUAUGAUAUGCUACGGAAUAAACGUUUUGAAUUGUACUGUUGAUAUUUUAUUAAAACGUUUUAUCUGUUCUUUUCGCAGAAAUAGUGAUGAUAAGCGAGAUUUUCAUAAAGCGUGAAAACGAAAAAAAAAAUGUAAGCGUGUUUAUUCAAAUUCUAGUACUUUUAAGGUUUUAGUAUUUUGUGAUAGAAAUUGUCAGACGUUUUGCAAGACAGAACAAACCCUUUGAGAAUUUUCUAAAAAAUGUAAAAUCGAAACAGCUAUCAGUCAUAUAUCUAAUACAUGAAAGUGCUCUGUCUGUAUUUCAGAUUAGGAAACAACUCUUGAAGGAAACAUCCCAUACUCGUUACGAAAGGAAACGUCAGGAAACAUGAGUACUGUACAAGAAAUAGAAGACUUCAUGCACAAUGUUGUGUUCUUUCUUGGGAUGUAUAGUAAAAAACGUACAAAAUGUGUGUCGAUCAUAUUACAUUUAUUAGGUGCGGCAAUUACCAUCCUCCGUUUUUUCACAGGCGUUUUCAGCAUAACUUCUGGAUGCAACAUACUGUACACGACCGGUGUUUACCUUCUGAUCAGGAGUUGCAACAGUAUCAUAUUUUGGUUUGUUUGCAUAUUUGUGAGAAUAUGUCAUGAAAAGCCAGAAGACAUGAAAGACCUUUCAACGCGGUUAUUGUUCCAGCUGCCCGUUAUCAUCAGUAUGCUUAUCAGCGUUGUAGUUUUCAUUAUGAAUUGCGUAUUUGUGUUUCAACAUUUCAAUGUGAUGUCAGACCUAUGCCCAUCGAGGACAACCCUUGUUACUGUAGCAAAAGCGACAGCCAUGCUCGACACUGGGUUUUUCGUUAUAUACGUUGCGCUAACCAUUGCAUUUUCAUUUAUUGAAAACACAAGACAAUAAUUAGGCUACGGAAGACGACCAAACUGAUAAUGAAAAAAAAACAUAUGACUUCCAUGGUCAUGGAUAGCAUAGAAAUCCUGUUUGACAAUACUUUCCCUAUGUAUAACUAAUUUCCGAGCACAACACUACCUGUGAUACACCUGGAAUGAACUGGUGCACGGUAAAGAACGAUAACUUCUGCAUUCAAUGAUCCACAGCAAAAUAAAUGCAAUACUCACGGACAGACCGGCCGGAAUCGUGACUUACGAAAGUUUUCGAACACUAUAUAUGUGCUGUUUGCAUAUGAUAACUUGUUAUGUUAUGUUAUGUUAUGUUAUGUUAUGUUAAUAAACUUCGGCUAAACAUAAACAUUUACCUUACUGGGUUUUCAAUAUAUUAAUACAGACUUAAUGAUACAUGAAAUUUGAUUAAUUUUCUGAAGCGAUGUUUCGUAUUCGUUUCAAUCACGCGUAAAUAUGAUCAACUGUUAAUUAGGCAAUUUACAGGAAAUUGAUCAUUACUGAUAACAUUGAAACUCAGUCAUUUAUGCAUGCGUUAAAAAAUCUGAUAAUCAAUAAACGACAACUAACACUAAAAAUACUUUGUAUAACCUUUUAACACAGCACAAAUUAUCAACAAUACCAUUCCCAGGCUAGGUCUCUGAUUAGGGUGCUUCUUUUAGAAGUCCUGAUUUGUCUUUACAAUUUGCAAACAAUCGACAAAAGGUUUUUGUCGAGGUAAUUUUUAAGUGACUGUUAUAUAAGCUCCUUUCUUUGUAUUUUAUGAGGUUAGGGUUAUUUAUAAUAACCAUCUUUGUUCGUGUCCACAAUUUGAUUAUUAAGGAGUUGAUGAAUAACAUUUCAAAAUAUGGCAUGAAUGUCGUUUUAAUCUGUUUGAAUUUAAACAACGCAGCAACAUGGCAUUUGAACUUUUAAAUGUCAUGUCUACAUCUAAAGGAAUCUGAAAUGAAGUCGGCAGUCUGUUUAUUACAAUUCCCCAAGAUCGUGCUGGUGAUACAUUUUGUAUAAACUAAGAUACAAGGAUAUUCAGGAAAUUAUUCAUUUUUGAGUAUGUGUUAACUUUAUCUGUAUUUAACCAUAAAAUAAUACCUUGUUAUUGAAAUAAACAUAAUAUAAUUA